UUAACAAAGAAGAUUUUGACCUUGCGUAGCGGCGUUUGAUGUUAAGACGUCGCGAAAACAAAUUUGUUGUUUUUCAUGUUUUUCGAUUGAAUUCCGUUUUUCAAAAAAAGACAUUUCGUAUGUGUCUAGUGUUGUGAGUGUUUCGAAAAUAUUCAACUAACUAAACCAAAGUAAAUUAAUCAACAAAAUGAGAUCACAUAUGAAUGUUUUCAACAAUAUGACCACCCAAAAUACGACAACACCCCAACCGCCACCUCGACGACGAGCAUACUCAAUGGGACAGGCUCGGACUACCAACCAAGCAUAUCCAAGAAGAUCGCUGUUCGACACUGCAACGAAUUAUAACACUGAAGGAACUAGUCAACUAAGAAUAAAAGUUUUAGGCGGUCAAUCACUUGCUAAGAAAGAUAUAUUUGGGGCCAGCGAUCCAUAUGUUAGAAUAGAUUUAAAUACCAUAAAUGGAGACAUAAAUAUUGAUUCUGUACUGACAAAAACAAAGAAAAAGACAUUAAACCCAGUAUGGAACGAAGAAUUUGUAUUUAGAGUGAAACCAGCUGAACACAAAUUAGUUUUUCAAGUAUUUGAUGAAAAUCGACUUACUCGUGAUGACUUUUUGGGGCUAGUUGAAGUGGCACUUAUAAAUCUACCAAAAGAACAAGAUAAUCGCGCUAUACCACCAAAGAGUUAUCCAUUGCGGCCACGAAGGUCAGUUGGUGCCAAGUCGCGAGUACGUGGAACGCUAGACAUUUAUCAUGCUUUUAUCCGGGAUUUGGACGACAACUCUGAAAAUGUAACACCACCCGAAUCGCCAACGCCACCGGAGAGUGCUACACCACCGGAAUGGGAUAUCAUCAAUUCGCCCACAUCUCAGAACUCGUUUGGGGCACCUUCAGCGUCUGAUCAGUUACCUGAAGGAUGGGAAGAACGACAGGAUGCUAAUGGUCGAACGUACUACGUUAAUCAUGUUGCCAGAACAACGCAGUGGGAACGUCCAUCAAUAAAUUCGGCCAGAGAAGCCGAAGUGCGUAAUCUAGCUGCGACCGAGUUCCAUAGACGAUUCCAUAUAAGUGUGGAUGAGACAGAAGGUCAAGGAAAUCAGGGCGACACAUUAAGCCUUAACUCUGAUCUGGGUACCAUAAAUAAUUCAUCCAGAGCUGGUUCGGUCACUUCACUUAAUACACUUGGCAGUUCAAGAAAUGAAUUCUCUCGAAGUGGAUCUCAAAAUUCUAUAAAUCGUCCGGUUCGACCGGCACCGGCCGUACCAGGUUUCCAAGACAGAGUGACAGGCCGUCGACGUGCUGCACCGCCAAUACCAGCGACUAGGCGUAAUACAAGUCAAGAUAAUGGAGUUACAAGGGCGUAUGUUGAUACAACCGUGGACAAUGAAAAUAGUAAUAGUGAGAACGAAGAAGUGGAUAGUGCUGAAAGUCCUUCAAACAAUGCAACACGGUCAUCAUCAACAUCGCAAUCCCGACAAAGUUCAACAGACGAACAAUCAACGGGAUCAGAGACAAAUAAUUUAGAUUCUGGAUUGCCUACCGGAUGGUCAAUGCAAAUGGCGCCGAAUGGUAGAAUGUUCUUUAUUGAUCAUAAUGAACGCAAAACAUCCUGGGUGGAUCCUAGAACUGGACGUGCAAGUCCGAUGCCAAAUCAAGCAAGAAAGCCAGAAGAUGAUUUAGGGCCAUUGCCUGAGGGAUGGGAAGAACGAGUACAUUCAGAUGGACGGAUAUUUUUCAUAGACCAUAACACGAGAACAACGCAGUGGGAAGAUCCACGAUUGUCGAAUCCUAACAUAGCCGGCCAAGCAGUACCUUAUUCAAGAGAUUACAAACAAAAGUACGAAUACUUUAAAAGUCAACUUAGAAAACCCACAAACGUGCCUAAUAAAUUCGAAAUUAAAGUUCGGAGAAUUUCGAUCCUGGAGGACUCUUAUCGGAUUAUAAACUCGGUCAAUAAAACCGAUUUACUCAAAACAAAAUUGUGGAUUGAAUUUGAGGGUGAAGCUGGCCUAGAUUAUGGUGGCCUGGCUAGAGAAUGGUUCUUUUUACUGUCAAAGGAAAUGUUUAAUCCUUACUACGGUUUGUUCGAGUACUCUGCCAUGGACAAUUAUACGCUACAAAUCAAUCCAUUUAGUGGAUUAUGCAACGAGGAACAUUUGAAUUAUUUCAAGUUCAUUGGAAAGGUAGCUGGCAUGGCUGUAUAUCACGGGAAGUUGUUGGAUGCCUUUUUCAUUCGCCCGUUCUACAAAAUGAUGCUGCAAAAACCAAUCGAUUUACGAGACAUGGAGUCCGUAGACAUGGAAUAUUACAAUUCACUUUUAUGGAUAAAGGAAAACGAUCCGAGUGAGCUGAUGCUGACGUUUUGUUUGGAUGAGGAAACACUCGGACAGACCACCCAAAGAGAAUUGAAACCAAAUGGAGCUGACAUCGAAGUAACAAACGAAAAUAAAGACGAAUACAUUAGACUGGUCAUUGAAUGGCGUUUCGUAGCCAGAGUUAAGGAGCAAAUGUCAUCAUUUUUAGAGGGAUUCGGUUCCAUUUGUCCCCUUGCAUUACUGAAAAUAUUUGACGAAAAUGAAUUGGAAUUACUUAUGUGUGGCAUACAAAAUAUUGAUGUUAAAGACUGGAAGAAAAAUACACUUUACAAAGGAGAUUAUUACGCCAAUCAUCUGAUUGUUCAAUGGUUUUGGAGGGCGGUGCUCUCAUUUUCAAAUGAAAUGCGUUCGCGAUUACUACAAUUUGUAACUGGCACAUCACGCGUUCCAAUGAACGGAUUCAAGGAAUUAUAUGGAUCGAAUGGGCCACAAAUGUUUACAAUCGAAAGAUGGGGUACUCCAGAAAACUUUCCACGAGCACACACCUGCUUCAAUCGCUUGGAUUUACCGCCAUACGAAAGCUACUAUCAUCUAAAGGACAAAUUAGUAAAAGCCAUCGAAGGAAGUCAAGGUUUUGCUGGUGUCGACUAGAUCGGUUAUGCUAGCCAAGUUGAAAUAACGUUCAAACACCCACAUAACAUCACACACAACUCUGAUCAUUGGAUCUUUACUUAAAAACAAAGAGAAUGUAACAGUAGAUUUGCUUCAUCUAUCAACAAAACAAAAAAUAAAUAAAAUAAAAUGGAGGAUCGAGCAGUACAUUCCUGAGAACGAAGUGAAAUUUACUUUUCGUUAUGUUGUGCGUAGUGUACAAAUUAAUUAUUCAUUUUCGGAUUAAAUUCGGUAUAAGAAUGCAGCUAGUUAACAUCUCGAGUGUCAGUAUUUUGUUGUUGUCAUAGGAUUCGUUUUAGAUAGGCGACCGUGAACCAUAUAAAAUGCGAUUAAACAUACACUCGACUGACUUUCUUUUAAAUUUGUGUCAAACGUUUUUUUUUAGUGCGAGUUAAACGUUGAAUGUUGGACACAUAAUUAUUGUGGUUUUUUCAAACGAAAAGUCCCGUCUUCACUAUGUGUCGCAGAGGAAAAGUCUGCUAGUUCUCUAGAUAGGUUUCAAAAUCAUGAAUAGAUAUGUGUGCUCAAAACAAGAUAACAAUCAAAGCAGCGAAUUGACAACAACCGAACAACACGUACACUCAAUGAAUCAUUCUCAGCUUCCUUUCAUUAAUUUUUUUCCUUUUCUUUUUUUUUGUUAAUUUAAGUAAGUUAAAAGUUUUGAUGUUCUUAGAAGUGUAAAGAUGAGUGUAAAUAAAAUAAAGUUUAAUCUAAAGAGAAUAUAUUAUACAAACGAAUGAUACCUUGCAUGGUAUUGCUUGCAUGUUUAAAGUCCUUGUACAGAAAUGCAGAAACAAAAACUAAAAUUCAAAAUUUUCAAGCCUAUAAUGUUGUUCGUGUUCCUUUAGUUGUGCGAGCUGAUUAGGUGGUCUUCAAAAAUGUACUUAAUGAAUACAGCCAUUUUUCUGGUGAGAGAAAAUGAUGUUAAUAGAAGCAUUUUCCCAUUGUAAUAGAGUCUGUUAAACAUGUUCCACUUAUAAACAUUCCCAUCAAAAAUUCAUGAUUCAACCAUAAAUAGUCCCCCAACCAUCAAUUCUUUAUUCAAUUCCAAUAACUGUUAUGAGAAUUAUCUGUUAAUUAGCUGUAAAUCAAUAGCUUAGGUCAAUUAAUACUAUUGUGCAAUUCUUCCUUCCACAUUUUGUUGUUAUAGUCAACUGUACACGGAACGUUGACCUCUCUCACCAUUUCUCAGGCAUUCGUUGUUAGCUUAACCUUUUAUUAAUGGUAAACGAGUCACAAUACAAUUUUAAAUCUGUUCUAUUGUUUAGAAUAUAUCGUGUUGCGAUUGAUACGAUAUGUCUUUUACUUCAUUCGAUCAUGCAUUUUUCUAUAUAAUGGAGCACUUUAAGCUCAUCGCGUAUUUUUUUCGUCGAUGUCGGUAUAUAAGUAGGUGGCUAUCACCUUCUGAAAGGUUAAAUAAAAUUGAAUGUUUUAGAAACUAAAUAGUGCCUUCGGACCAAAUUUCAUGUAAAGAUGUGGUUCUCUUAAUAAAAAUUUAUGUUUAUUUUUGCAAAACAAACUUAAUCGGUUUAUUAAAUUAGGAAUAAAAUCUGAUUUAUUCGCGCACGUUACACAAGUUAUAUGGCACGUAUUUUUGCGAUUGAUAAAACAUUUACUUAGAAAUUAAAAUAUACGCAAACGUUGGGUUUGGAAUUGUAAAAACAAAAU